AUCAUAUAAAGACAUAAUAAAACUCGAUUUGGACGUCAGUUUCGUUUAUUAUCGCACACGGGACGUUGCAAGUUAUCUUUUUAGAUUUCUUUCUAAAUAUUACUUGAUAAGUUAAACAUUCAAAUUAAAUUCGUGAUUAUAUAAAAAUGAAUAGGAAUUCGGAGUUGUUACGUGACGCCGAGAAGCUGCUAUGCGUGAAGUCAAACGAUGUGGAUGUCAUUCUUAAGGAGCAUAAAGUGUCACAGAAACAAUUGCAAGAUAUUAUUGAUUUAAUUCAAGAUUGGUAUGACAAACAACCUCAUCUACCCAAAAAUGGAUUAGAAGACAGAAUAAUAGUUCAGCUUUUAAUAUCAAGUAAAUUUCGCAUCGAAAAAGUAAAAGAUAAAAUUGAUGCUGCGAUAUCAGCUAAACAUAAAAUGCCAGAAUUUUUAUUAAAUAGAGAUCCUUUAUCACCAAAUAUAAGUGAAUAUUUGAUAGAUGGGUUUUUCGCGAUAUUACCAAAACUGUCUCAAGACAAUCAUCGUGUUUCUAUAUUCAGAUUGAAAUCGCCUCGUGAGUUUGUUAUGAAUGAUGUUAUAAAAUUAGCUUUCAUGAUGUUAGAAUAUCGUAGAUAUAACGAUGUACAUUUUGGCGAUCAAUACAUCCACGACCUGAGUAACAUUAGAUUCAGCAACACUGUUCAAAUGACGCCGCCAGUUAUUACAAAAAUGAUGUAUUAUUUAAGAUUUUGUACUGGAGCUAAAAUCAAAGGGAUACAUUUUAUAAAUAUGCCAACAUUCGUUGUACCGAUAGUUGCAUUAGUAAAAAAAUUAUUGAAACCUAAAAUUGCUGCAAGAAUUUACAUACAUUCGAAGCCCGAAGACAUUGCUAAAAUGUAUCCCAAAAAUAUCCUACCUAAAGAAUACGGAGGUGAUGAUUAUAGUAUCGACGAAAUCGCAGAAAAUUGGACGACAACGUUACAAUCGGACGCAUGGCGACAAUAUUAUCGUGAUCAAGAAAAAGUCGUCAGCGACGAAUCAAAACGAACACGUGUUCUAAGCUGUGACGAAUUCUUUGGAUGUGAAGGUUCAUUUAGGAAACUGGAAUUCGAUUAAGAUUAUCUUUAAAUAUUCAUCAACUUGACGCAAAUAAUCUAUACCUAUGCAAGUUUUUGUUAAUAAAAAUGUGAUUCGAUUUUUGUUAAUGUACUAAUACUCUCUUUUUGGGGACAUAGGAUAACAAGAAUACUAAUACUUCCUUUAACUAACCAACUGAGUUCUAGGCUUGUGCUAGGAUAUGGGUUACGACAAUAUUCGAAUGGUGGGAUUCGUACCCUCGGUCGCAUUUUUUUUAUUUAUUAUUCCGGGAUUUAUAAACCCAUAGUCAUAUUGUCAGGAAGGUUAGGGAGGAGCAACUUCCCCUCGAAGAAAUCGUUGGUAAUUUUAACACCAUAUUAACAGUAGCCUCCCUACACCUAUUCUAAACAAUCAGGUGGCAACGCCUGUACAUAAUAUCUGCAUUCAUACAAAUUCUAAUAAAAAACAAUUCAUUUUAA